UAUGAACUCUAUUCAAUAUACUUGCAUACUGUAAGACACAGAGAGCUGCUCUUUGUGAAAAGAUGCUUUCCUUAUGCUUCCACCUGUUUGCUGUGUUGGUAAUCUGUGCAGAUUGCAAUGAGAACAGAGAUAUUUCAUAUACAUUCAAACGUUGGAAUGCACUUGACCAGCCUUUGCAGGAACAACUUGCUAUAGUGUAUAAGGAGAUGGAAAGCUUGAAACAAGAACAAUCAGUAAUGAAACAAAAGCAAGAAGCCUUGAGCCAGGUAUUACCAUACUGUUCACAAAACCCUAUUGAUACAGAUGUGGAGUUGAAUUUGACAUCACUACAAACUGGCACCAGUCAUCCUCUGUCCGCCUUCACUCAGAAUGUGGAUGGAGACGAAGGCUCUGGCGAGGAUGACAGUGAAAACCCAGCAGACCCCUGCUUUCAUUAUGCUGCGUUGGACCAGAGCUGGAGAGCCACAAACUACAGCACCCGAAAUGUUGCCUGUGACCGCCGAGUCGAUUGGAAAGGCUGGUACCGUCUCUUCUACCGCGGUAAGACCAUCCAGAUGCCUGAAAGGUGUGUGAAGGUAGAAAAGUGUGGGACCCACUCGCCACUGUGGCUCGACGGUGGUCAUCCUCGCAUUCGGGAUGGGGUGGUCACUCGAAAAGUCUGCGGAAACUGGAAAAACAACUGCUGCAUGUUCAAGUCCAAUCCUAUUCAAGUCAAAGCAUGUAGAGGAAACUACUACGUCUACAAGUUUGUCAAACCAGUUGCUUGCCAUUUGGCGUAUUGUUCAGACAUCAACACACUUGUCUGUGGAAAAUGUAAAAAAAGCGAGUCUUGCAUCAGCAGAGACAAAAUCACCUACAUGUGUCAGAAAAACAAAAGGAGAGUGAAAGCAAAUGUGCAUUUUUUUGCUACCUACCCAGCCAGCAUUGCAGGAAAAGUCAACAAGAUUGUGUUCAGGAAAGUGUAUGUAAAUCAAGGCCAGGCUUUCAACCCUCGCACGGGGAUCUUCAGAGCUCCGGUGUCAGGCGUUUAUCAGUUCUUCUUCUCCACUCAGACUGGGGGAAGCGGUGCUACUGACCUAUGGCUUGUUGUGAAUAAUUACUGGGUGGCUGUGUCUCAUAGCAAUGUACAGGGUUCCAGCUCGGUUGGGAAUCUCUCAACAUACAUGACGACUCUGCGCAAGGGGGCGAUAGUUUAUGUGACCCAUAAUCGAGGCCGCUCUUGGGCCAAUAGCGCAUCCAACACCAUCGCUUUUGGGGGUUCAUUACUUAUGGUGAGAAAUAUCUAAGAUGAUGUAAAAGCCGACUGGGUUAUUAGAGGCUAAAUUUACUAGUAUGUUCGACUUGGGAAGUAUAUAAAAUAUCUAUCAGAGGCUUGUUCUGAAAACUUAGCUUUAUUUGUUUCUGGAGAUUGCAAAUUAUGUAGCCUGAAGUACAGAUGGCUGGUCAAUC